AAUUAAGAAAAAACAUUUUUAACAAAGAAAAACCUGACCUGACAUCAAUGAUAAAAAAAAAAAAAAAAGGUGCUCCAGCAUUUUAAAAAGGACGAGUAGGACGAAAGGAUAUUAGCACUAAUAUGUGGAAUUGAAUAAGUUUUAAUUGCACAAAUUUGGAAAGAUCCGGAAUCCAAUCUGCGUUUACUUGGAAACUUUGAAGUCGGAAGACAUCUGGGAACAGAGAAACAAGCUUUUCCACUUCCAUUAACGAAAGAUAGAAGCCUUCAAAAGACAUCAUCUGGAGAUGGACUUCCAAGAUCAAUAUUGACUGAUCAAAUUCAGAGUAAAAGAGCAACUGGAAAUGAAAUUUGUGAAAAUUUGGAAGGAAGAAGAACCCUGAAUCUGGAACCAGCAGGAAGCAAAUAUGGAAAGUUAUCAGGAGCUUCACUUUAAUCCUUCCAUGGAGGGAAUGGCUACCACCACCUUCAACAACCAUCAUCAGAGUUCGAACUCAAUGGAAGACCAAGACACUGAAUAUACAGCUCCUCCUUUUUUCUCUUCAUUCACAUCUUAUGAUCCUCAUUCAUCCGGUGCACCCAUUCAAAUUCCUCAGUUUAACACAAAUGUUGCCCGAACUAGUCAUCCAUAUAGCAAUAAUUUGGUCAGCCCUUUAAAUCAAAAUCCUCCACCAACGACCUUUUCAUCCCCUAAAAUUAUCUCUUUUGGAAUCGAAACAUCAACUAAAAAGGAAGAGAUUAGCUACAACCUCAGUUCAGCAUGCACAAAUCAAAGGGCCUUUUUUCCAUGUGAUCAUCAAGACAUGAAAUUCCAUGAGAUCAUGCAUGGAAAUUGUAAUGUUUAUUUGUUAGAAAACGAGGGUGAAGGAUACAAUGUUGGGAAAAAUCGAGUCUUGAAGAGAAGCCGCGAGCAGGCAACGUACCAUGCUGCGACAGAAAGAAAGCGUAGGGUAGCACUGAGGGAGCGGUUCAUUGCACUUUCAAAGAUUGUCCCUGGCAUCAGGAAGCUGGACAACAGUACUAUCCUUGAAGGCGCGAAUAAACACAUCAAAGAGCUUCAAGAACGAGUCAAGAUUCUAGAAGAAGGGAUCAACAACAAGACCAUAACACUAAUAUCUCAUGUGGAAGAUGGUGAAGAACAACAAUAUGGUGUGAGCCCUAAUGUGACUACCAUUGAAGAAGAUAUGUUGCCCGAGAUCAAAGUCACUGUGUUGGAGAAAGAUGUGCUUGUAAAGAUUCUAUGCCACAAAAGAUUCCAAAACUGCGUCUCAAAUAUGUCCGAGGAGCUGAAAAAACUACAUCUUACCAUCUUCCACACCAGUGUUCUUCAUUUCGGAGGUUGUGCCAUUGACAUUACUUUCGGUGCCAAGGUGGAAACCCAAUUCUCUAAUACGGUGCAUGAUAUCGUGAAAUGUCUUCGCGUGGUAGUGUCUGAAGCGCAAACUACCUAUAGUUGACAUUUGAAAUUGUAAUCUUUACGUCCAAAAAUAAGAAUGAUGUUUAUUUAUCGAGUUAAUUAUGAUGAUACGAUGGACACGAUUCUGAUUUUGGGAUAAGAAGACUAAUUUUUAUUUUUAUUUUUUUGUGUAAUCAAAUGAACAAGUAAAGGAAUUUACGUUGUAAAGUGCAGUUAU